AUGGCCACAGCGAAUCCCAUGAGAGAUAUAAGAAUAAGCAAGCUGGUCCUGAACAUCGGAGUCGGAGAGUCUGGAGACAGAUUGACGCGCGCGGGAAAGGUGCUAGAACAGCUCACGGACCAAAAGCCUGUCUUCUCAAAGUGCAGAUUUACGAUCCGCUCCCUCGGAGUGAGAAGAAAUGAAAAAAUAGCAUGCCACGUGACUGUUAGGGGUCAGAAGGCACUCGAUAUUUUGGAGAGAGGUCUGAAGGUCAAGGAGUACGAGUUGAGGAAGAAGAACUUCUCAGAUUCAGGAAAUUUCGGCUUCGGAAUCCAGGAGCACAUAGAUCUAGGACUUAAAUAUGACCCAUCUACUGGCAUCUACGGAAUGGACUUCUACGUGCAGUUGGUUAGACCAGGCUACAGAGUGUCCAAGAGGAGGAAGUGCAAGUCGAGAGUGGGAAAGUCGCACAAGGUUACCAAGGAAGAAGCAAUGAAGUGGUUCCAGGAGAAAUUCGAUGGACUCAUAUUUAGUUAA